AUGUGUAUCUUCCUUCUCUUCCUCUUCCCUCUUUCUUAUGUUCUGUUUAAGAAGCUUUUACGUUCCAAAAGUAAGCUUCCUCCUGGACCUACGGGUCUUCCGAUCCUAGGAAACUUGCACCAGCUUGGAAAAUUUCUUCAUAGAUCUCUUCACAAACUCUCCCUAGAACAUGGACCGGUCAUGCUUCUCCGUCUCGGGGUCGUCCCUGUGGUUGUCUUCUCUUCCAAGGAAGCAGCUAAAGAAGUUCUGAAGAUUCAUGACCUAGAGACUUGCACCCGACCUAAAAUGGUCGCGGCCGGGUUGUUAACUUACAACUUCAAAGACAUUGGUUUCACCAAGUAUGGUGAGGACUGGCGAGAGAUGAAAAAGCUCGUUGGGCUCGAGCUCUUUAGUCCGAAAAAGCAAAAGUCUUAUCGGUAUAUCAAAGAGGAAGAGAGUGACUUGCUAGUCAAGAAACUAUCAAAUCAUGCUCAGACAGAAACCUCGGUGGACUUGGGGAAAACCCUAUUUUCCUUCACCGCCGGUAUCAUAUUUAGACUUGCCUUUGGACAUAACUUCCACGAGUGUGAUUUCAUCGAUAUGGACAGAGUCGAAGAGCUGGUGAUAGAGUCAGAGACCAACGUAGGCGCUUUGGCAUUCACUGACUUCUUCCCCACGGGUCUCGGAUGGCUUAUAGACCGGAUCUCCGGUCAGCAUUCCAAGAUGCACACAGGCUUUACCAAACUCUCAAAUCUCUUGCAACAUGUGAUCAAUGAUCACUUGAAGGCUGAACAACCUGAAGAUCACUUAGACCUCGUCAGUGUCAUGUUAGACAUGAUCAAUAAACCCACUAAAUCCGAUUCUUUCAAGAUAACUUCCGAUCAUCUCAAAGGAGUCAUGUCGGAUGUCUUUUUGGCGGGAGUGAACGCGGGAGUAAUCACGAUGAUAUGGGCGAUGACAGAGCUAACCAGACAUCCGAGAGUGAUGAAGAAACUCCAAGAAGAGAUUCGAGCUACGUACACUAGAUUACACCCACCUGCUCCUCUCUUGCUCCCAAGACUAACAAUGUCCGACAUCGAGAUUCAAGGCUACAACAUUCCCAAGAACACCAUGAUCGAAAUCAACACUUAUGCCAUAGGACGUGAUCCCAAAAUAUGGACUAGCCCUGAAGAAUUCAUUCCCGAGAGGUUUUUAAAUACCUCUAUCAACUACAAAGGUCAGCAUUUUGAGCUAUUGCCCUUUGGAUCUGGUCGUAGGAGCUGUCCCGGGAUGGCCUUGGGAAUCACCAUUAUUGAGCGCUGCCUUCUUAACCUUCUUUACUUCUUCAAUUGGAUUUUACCCAAAGGAAUGACCAUUGAAGACAUUGAUAUGGAAGAACUUGGAUCUAUAAACAUCGCCAAGAAAGUUCCUCUCGAGCUUGUACCAACUCUUCAUCAAUAA